GGAGAGCGGGAAGGGGAGCGGAACGAGGGCGGCCCCGCGCUCCAUUGGCGGGCUGUGGCCAAUGGCGCUACCGGGGCGGGCCCGGGCACUGCCGGCCCGGGAUGGCGCGGACCAAGGCGGAGCAGCGUGGAGGAGCCUUCCGCAAGGUGCUGGUUGCCCGCGCUCCCCGGAAGGCGCUGGGCUCCUGCAGCAUCAACGCGGGGACGCCGCUGCCCAGCAAGAGAGGUGACAGGCGCCCUGUGGGGCUGAACCGGGUCUGUUUGAGGCCGGUGCCCGCCUGGCAAAGGGGCAUCAGCGACUUCCUGAAGCUUCCAUCCAAGGAGAACCGGGAUCCCGACGGAGACACACCUGGGACCAGCGGCCUGGAGUGGGUGCUGGGCAAGAGGAGGCAUAAAGCUCAGCCCCUGCCACUGGAUCCUGCCGAAGAUGGAGACUGCUUGGAGGAAGAGGAGAUCUGAUUUGACCUCGAUUUUCAUGUUAAAAUGCUCCUCCUACUCUAGCUGGUUUUGAUACAAAAUACUGUAGUUUUUUACAAAUUUUUAUGGCUUCUUGUCAGUGUUUGUACAAGACUAAAAGUCUGAGAGAUGGUGUGAACACUGGAUAAAUUAAUUAAUUUUUACUGUUUGACACUCCAUGUUCAUUGUAAACCACCAGUUUCAUUUUCAUCUUGGUUUGCUUGAGUUCCUCCUGCCUGUUGGGCAGGUUGUGUCUUUUAUCUUCUGACUGCCUUGUGCUUGUCUAAGACUUGCAUGAUUGUGGUUGUUCAGUUUCUGAAAAUCAGAUCUUAAUUUUUUAGUAAACUGAAUCCUUCUGAGCCCA